AUGCCAGGCGCGCGCGUCCAGCAGCGCGUGCGAGCUGGUCCUGGAGGAGAGACUCGCAACGCGGCCGUGCUGGAGGCCACUCCGUACCAACUAAGCCGCUUCCUCGAGCGCAACAUCAGCCUCUGCAGCGGCACCACCAACAUCAGAGGCGUGAGGUGCGCCGGCGCCAAGGUCGAUGAGGUCAGGAUCUCGGGCGCGGGCGAGAUUCCGAAAGAAAUAAGCAGGCUUACGGAGCUGCGGGGCCUCUGGGUCAUCUCGCACCGUGUGACAGGCACAUUGCCUAAGCAGCUUGCCGAUCUCACCGCCCUCGAGUCAUUGGUCAUCAACGGCCCAAGCGUGCGCACCCAGAACCCUCGUAUCGACAAAAUCAACAGCAGGCUCGGCAUCUCCGGAACUAUCCCAUCCAACCUCGGGCGUGGCGGGCCCUGCGUGCGUCAGCGCGCGCAGCCUCGCGCCCUGCAGCGUGGCGACCUUCUGCCGCGCAUGGGCCCUCCGAAUUGCCACUUCUCCACGGCCCUCGUGCUUCGAAGCACCAGGAUCUCCGGUACGCUGCCCGCCCACCUUCCGAGCAUCGCUGUGGGCCAGCUGGAUGUGCGGGAGAGUCAUCGGCUUUCAGGCACGUUGCCCUCCUGGCUUGCGCUGACGCAUGGCGCACGGCUGACUGGGACUAGCAUUUCGGGCACGCUGCCGGCAUCCGUGGCCAAAUCGGCGGGGCUCUGGCAGCUUGAGUUACCAGCGAGCGUGACAAACGCGGCGUCUUUCCCCUGGCUGCUCGCCAACACCUCGAGAGGCGUCUUCGUCUCGAGAGACGGCGAGGCGGUAUCCGCAAGCGCCCCAACCGUGGCCCACAGAAGCGGCGGCACGCCCCUCGAGCGCGGCUGCGGCGGCCUCCCCCUGUCCACCAUGCACAACAGCUAUCGGCCGAUCCUCUAUGAGGCUCUCGAUGCGUUCCUGCUGCAGCUCCUUGGCAGCGAUCUUCGCGCGGGGUCCGUCGAGUGUGCAGAGCUAGAGUGGGCUCCCGUGUAUGGGUUUCGACUGCACCAGAACCUCGCCGUCGAGUACCUCCGUCGGCUCACCGUCCAAGUGCUGCUGUACUAUGGCAACACCGACUGCUUCGCCCCCGGCGUGCGGUACGUUGUCGCGCCACCGAGCGUGCGGCGAGAGCUGCAGGUCGACCGUUGCACCAGCGCUUCCGCAUCCGGGAAGUGCACCCCCUCGCGCUGGCGCGUGAGCUCGCCCGUGCUGGAGGCGGAGUGCUACCAGCCGAAUCGCUCGCUCGCCGGGGCAGAUGCGACGUCCAGGUGUCGUGAGCUGUACAGCAUGGGCAUCCGACAGGCGGUACGGCAGCAGCUGGGGGCGAACCCAAUCGCGGACCUGGGCAUCGCCGGCAGGGCGAUGAGCGGCGGGACCGCCGCGUACCACCAGGCGCUGCAGUCGGUGCAGUUCUGCCUCGUCGCGCCGGGCAACGGCUUCGAUACGCGCCUGGUCGACUACAUGGCUUGCGGCUGCAUCCCGGUGAUUAUCCACGCGGGGCUGGGCGUACGCGUGCUUCAGCCGUACGAGCCAGAACUCGACUACGAAGCAUUCGCCGUCACGCUGCCGUUUGAGUCGAUCCCUGAGCUGCCGGCAAUCCUCGAGCGACUGCCAGAGGACGCCCUCCGCACAAAGAGGGAGCGACUGCGGGAGGUGCACCGCAUGUUUCUCUGGGACGCCGCGCACGGAGGGGCGUUCGAGGCGGUGGCGGAGGCGCUCCUCAAGAGGAGCAGGGAGGGGACGGCCUCUCCGAGCCGCGCCGGCGUCGCCGAGAGCUCAGCGCUGCCGCCCGGGGCGCGCUGCUUCUGCGUCGGAGGCGCCUGCGGCUCAGGGAGCCCGCGAGAGGCGGGGGCGUGCACGAGCGUGUCGGGCGUGAGGGGGUGA